AUGGCUGAGACAAGUGCUCCUCAUGAUGAUGAUGAUGAUUUCCAGACGGGUGAUGCUGGGGCAUCAUCAACCUAUCCACAGCAAUGCUCGGCUUUACGUAAAAAUGGUUAUGUUAUGCUAAAAAGUCGUCCAUGCAAAAUUAUGGAAAUGUCAACAUCAAAGACAGGAAAACAUGGACAUGCCAAAGUUCAUAUGGUUGGUAUUGAUAUUUUUACAGGUAAAAAAUACGAAGAUAUCUGCCCAUCAACACACAACAUGAGCGUUCCAAACGUUAAACGUGUUGAAUAUUCGUUAAUGGAUAUUGAUAAUGAGGGCUAUGUCUCACUUUUGGAUGAUAGCUCGGAAUGUCGCAGUGAUAUAAAACUUCCAGAAGGUGAAUUAGGCACUGAAAUAAGAAGCAAAUUCGAAAAUGGUGAAGCUCUUAAGAUUACUGUACUUCAAGCACUUGGCGAAGAAGCAAUCGUAACUUGCAAAGCUGAACAAGAGUCGAGAAAAUAA